GAGUGGAGGGGGUACCACUACGGCGAUGUGAUCACCCCUCCAGCGGGCUUCGCUGGGGCGGGCACUCCCGCCCGCGGAGUCGUCCUGCUCGCAGACGGGUCGUCUCUCUUCGUCGAGUGGGUGGCCAUCGGUGACGAGUCGGACUUCGCCGACCGGGCGGUGGCGCCCGACUGCCGCCUGCUGCCGGUCCGCCUCGAUCGCGCUGGCAGGCCCUUCCGGACGCUCGAGAACCUCGUAGAGAGCUGCCGCCAGGAGCACCUCCCCGACUUCAUCGCGCCGAGGACGACCAUGUGGUGCCUCGAGCACCUCGCGGGCGAGGGCCGCUCUCUCGAGUCCCACUUCGAGCACUUCAAGAAGCUGUGCGGCCUCCAGGACUCCCAGUGGGGCAUGGAGGAGUACGCCAGUGUGAUCAGCUACCUGAAGGCGUUGCUCCAGCACGAUCAGGUGGACGCGUCCAACAUCCUGUCGGUGGAGAUGAUGUUCCGCCGGCUCCAGACGAUCGAGUACUGCUACAGCGACAAGUUGCGCGAGAGGACAGCGGGCUCCUCCGCGGGGAGGCUCACCGCCGACGAGCAGGCCGCCUUCGGGGCGACGGCCCGAGCCGAGUCGAGGCUCAUGGUGUCGCCCGCGCUGCUCGAGAGCGCCAAGCAGGAGCUGGAGCGCGACGCCUCGCUGGCCAAGAGCCUCCUGAAGGCGCGCGAGGCUCGGGAGUCGCUGGGCAAGCGGAGGCAGGGCCAGGGGAAGGCGCUGCGCCUCGGCCUCCCCUACGACGCAGGGGGAGGCCCUGUGGGCUACGAAGCCUCCCGCGUGUCCCUCCCGGCGGCUGGGUCGGUUCCGACUCCGCUCGCUCGGCUUUGGGGAUCCGGCGGGGAAAGUACUGUUGCGCGCUUUGCUGAGUCGCAAGUUUUGCCCAUCGACGUGGCACGAAUGAGGUUGAAGGACUCGGGGCCCCUUCGGCCCUACGGCGACCCUCGCCUCCACUCUCCCUCUUUGUACGGCGAAUUCAUUCAGCGAUUGGUCGAGGCUGGCGUAGCCGAGCUGACGCUCGAGCGACCUACCGAGGUGGUGGAUUGCUUCUUUGUAAAAAAGGGGGGCGGCAAGCAGCGGCUGGUCGUCGACUGUCGGCGGUCAAAUCAGCAUUUCGAGCCGCCCGCCCCUGUCAGCCUAGUCUCUGGCGACACUCUCUCCCAGGUGCAUGGCGACGACUCCCUCGGUCAGCCCGUGUUUAUUGGCCAGGUCGAUAUAAAAGACGCUUUCUAUCACAUGGAGCUCCCAGAGGGGCUCCGCCAGUAUUUCGGGCUGCGAAGGAUUCGGGCCUCGUGGGCGGGCAUCUCUCAAGUCCAGGGAGUCCGUGCGUCCCCGGGGACCUGGGUCACCCCUCGGAUGCGAGCCUUGCCCAUGGGCUGGUCCUGGGCCCUCUGGUGGUGCCAGGCGAUCCACGAGCGGGCUGCCGAGGAGGAAGGAGUGUCCCGGGCCCUCGAGUCUCGGGGGCUGCCGCUGCAUAAAGAGUCUGUCUCUUGCGAUCGGGCCAUCGUGCUGGGGUGGGAGAUCGAUUGCCUUCGGCGCACCUUCCGCCCGACCCCCGAGCGUGUCUGGAAGGCUCGUCUCGCUAUUCGGGGUCUUUUGGCACGGGCCUCGGUCUCUGGAGGGGACUUGGAGCGCCUCCUGGGCCAUCUGUGCUUCAUCGGCCUGUGUAGGCGAGAGUCGCUCAGCGUGUUCAAAUACUGCCACAGGUUCUGUGAGGCCGCGCGGAGAUGCCCAGCCCGGGGGCCUCGGGCCCUCUGGGCCUCUGCCAGAAAGGAGCUCGACGUCUGGGACCGUAUCGCCCCGCUCAUCUGGGUCAACACCUCUGCGGGCACCUGUCCAGACGUCGUCGUGGUGGACGCGUCGCCGUGGGGCCUUGGGGCCGUUCGGGGGCGACCGCCGGUGGCCCUGGUCAAGGAGGCCUGCCGUCACUCGGAGCGUGCUGGGGCUCGGGAGGCGGCCCGGGAAGGGCGGCCCCCCCGUGAGCGCGCUUUCGCCGCGGCCGCUGCGCAGCUGCACGGGGGUGAGGGGGAGGCCGACAGGCGGAUCCUGAUGGAGCUCGUGCGGCCCCAGUCUCGACACCACCGUCCCGAAAGCGAGUUCGACCGCCGGCGCACGAAGUCGUUCGAGGACGUCCCCUUGGACCUCUUGAGGGCCCCCUGGAGGCUGUGCGGGAGGCAGAGGUGGAAACGGGCCUCGACGUCUAUGCCGGCCCUGGAAGCGGAGGCGCUUUUGUACGGGGUGCGCCACCUCCUGAGGUCCGUCGCCAACUUGGGCUCGAGGCUGCUCGUGAUUGGGAACUCGAUCUCCGCCUCCCUGGCCGCCACGAAGGGACGGUCCUCUUGCGAUGGCAUGCUCUCGGUGACCCGCCGGCUGGGCGCCCUGCUGCUGGGGACCGGCAGCCUCCUGCGGUCGCGCUGGAUCGCGUCGGAGCUCAUCCCUGCGGACGGACCCUCGCGCGGCCGACCGGCGCCGAGCGACCCGCUUGCCGGCCUGCGGCGCGAACUCGCGACCGCCGCCGGCGAGGGCCGCGAUGCUGGCGCGCGGCAGGUCCGACAGAUCGAGGACCCCCGCGGGCCGCCAGCCGCCGCCGCCCAGUUCGGGGCCCAGAUGAGCCUGCUUCGGAGGGCCUCGGUGUCGGCGAAGACGCAGGCCCAGUACUCCCUCUACCUGGCCGCCCUGCAGAGGUUCUGCGACUCCCGCGGGGACCACCCGAACACCGAGGAGGAGUGGGACAUCGCCACCGCGGGCCUGAUGGAGAUCAUGUUCAUGGAGGGCGGCUCGCUGAGCGCGGGCGAGAAGCUCCUGGCGUCGGUGCAGUGGGCCGAGCCGCGCCUCGGCAGGCUGGGGGGCAAGCGGAUGCCCGUCUGUCGGCAGUGUCUGCGAGGCUGGCGCCGCGCUGCCCCAGCAGGGGGCCGCUUGCCCCUGCCCUACGACGUGGUGGCGCUCCUGGCGUGCUGGAUGAUCUGCCAGGGGCUGAGACCCCACGCGCUGGCCAUUCUCAUGAUGAUGGAGUUGUACUUGCGGCCAGGAGAGCCAUUCCUGCUACGGGGCCGCGACGUAGUGGCGGGGUCCCUCAGCGGAGCUCGCGAGUGGACCCCCACAUCGGUCCUGCUCCACCCGUUCGAGAUGCGGACCCCGUCCAAGAGCCAGGAGUUCGACCAGACGAUCGUCCUCGACCUCGACCGGCAGGCGGCGCUCGCGGACGCCCUGGUGCAGCUGGGGCUGGAGCGCGGCGUCGGGCCCUUGCUGGAUCUGACGCCCAGCGCCCUGCGCCGGGCCCUGGACGAGGCCGCGGCUGCCUGGCGCCUGGGGCCCCUCGGGCCGCUCGACGCCUACCGCUUCCGGCGCACGGGGGCGAGCGUCGACUUCGCGACCGGCGCCCGGCGGCUGGAGGAGAUCCAGCGCCGCGGGCGGUGGCGGUCCGCGCGGAGCCUCCGCCGCUACGAGCACGGGGGGCGACUGGCCGACCUCUUGCGCCGCCUGCCGCCCGACGUGCAGCGGGCGGCGGAUGCCGUCUUUGGGCCGCUGAGGGCGCCGACCGUCGCCGUGUUCCUCGAGCUGUUCGCGGGCUCGGGCCACCUGUCCGACGCCGUGGAGCGGGGAAAUGUCCCCACAUUGCGGUGGGACAUCCUGUACGGCCCCGCCUACGACCUGCGCGACCCCAGGAGCGCCCGUCUCAUUCGAGGCUGGAUACGGGCGGGGCUCGUCUGCGGCCUGCAUGCUGGCUUUCCUUGCGAGACCUUCUCGCGGGCGCGAGACCGCCCCAACGGGCCUCCGCGGCUCCGGCCCCAGGAGCACGUCUGGGGCCUGCCCAGUCUCCAUCCCGAGGGCGCCGAUUUCCAGAAGGUGAAGUGGGGCAACCUGCACGCGCGGCUCACGAUAUCCUUCUGCGUGCUGUGCUGCCAGUGUUUCGUCCCCUGGUCCGUCGAGAACCCCGCGCUGAGCUACGCGUGGCAGCUGCCGCCGAUGCUGCCCCUGCUCCAGCGCCGGCAGGUUACGACCCAGGUGAUCGAGUACUGCCGGUUCGGGACGCCCUGGAGGAAAAGCACCAGGAUUGCUGCGUUCCUCCUCGACUUGGCGCCCUUGGCCAAGUUCAGAUGUACAGGGCCCGUCUGUGUCCUCACUGGGCAGCGGCAUCAAGAACUGUCCGGCAAAGACGCAUCGGGCAGGUUCCGCACUAGAUUGGCGGAGGCAUAUCCUCGCAAGCUCUGCAGCACCCUCGCCAGAGCCUAUGCCGACGAGAAAGCCAAGUCCCGGGCAGGUCAGUUCUCCGUUUUGAUAGGGCGUGCUGCUCGAACGUCUUCCGACGCUUGA